GACGAGGCUUCAGGUCUAGAAUAGGAGCGCAUCUGUCUGUGGUUUUCUUGGUGUGAAGAUGAUGAUGUAGAUUAUGAUUCAUGAAGAUAAGUGACUUUCAUUGAUUUGUUUUUGUUUGGUACUUUUUUCUGAGGGGUGAGCAGUGCGUGCAAGAAGUGCUGAUGUGACGAACAAUGACGCCAUUUUGCCCGGACCAAAACCGAAAUCGUGUGUCAUGAUCACUACAACUAAAAGCGACUAGUCGACUACAAGGCUGAACAAGCUUAUGACACGGGUGACCGGUACGCCGGGGACGUCGCAACAACAUAUUUUCCAGCAUCGUAGAUGACGGGGUCACAAGGCUUAUCGCAGUUCCUGUCAAUAGACCAGUCGCGUUUAUGAGGAUCCGUGUCAAUCCGUGUAUUCGAACCCCUUCCACGACUAGCGUCACCCAGAGGUGAUCAGAGACGGUUCUGGCACAAGUAGUAUUACUUUCACGUAGUCGACUCCCACAUGAUGAAAGAAUAGAACCGCGACGAGCACAAAAGUUGUCAAUGAACCCGCUGGCCGUACCACUACCUCAACCACAUCUGCGACAUUGAGGUCGUGUGUACUAAGGACAACUACAAUUUCUUUGUGCUCGGAGUCUAACGAACGGAGCACGGAAUCAAAAGAGGUUGACGCAGACAACUAGAACUACUAGAAGGAGGCCGCUUUUGACUGCGUUCUGUGAAUGACGAAUCAGAUGAUGUCCCCGCAAAAAGGGGAACAAAAUGGAAUGCGCUCGUUGUUUGACAAUCCGAACAAGCAACCACAGGCACAGCCACCUCCGACAACUGCAGGCUUUGGACCACCCGCGCAGCAACAGCAGCAGCCACCGUUAGUCAAUGGUGUCGCAGCUCAGCAUUUACAGCAUAGUCUAUAUGGUAAUCAAGCAGCAGCUGCUCCUCCACCAGGAGGAGCGAGUGCUGGAGUGACAGCGGGAUCCGGAGGAGUUGUAGAGGGAUUCGUUGGAGCAGUUCCAGCUGUUAGUGGGGAUAAUGGAAUGACAAGUGUGGGCGGCAUGCCACAGCAGUAUGUUAAUACUGGGGCAACGCCAUCUUUCGCUAGUAAUGCGCGCCCUGGUCCCGGGAGUAACUACACACAGCAGCAAUUGCCGUAUGCACCACCGCAGAGAACUACGGGAGGACCACCUGCCGUAGGAGCAGGGCAUGUGGCACCAACACCAGGUGCUCAGUAUAAUCAGCACAGUGCUGCAACUGGACAACCAUCGAGUGGAGCAUAUUAUCCUCCAGGCCAGGGCCAGCCGAAUGCAGCUGCAACUUCAUCGUCGUUACCUCACAACUCUGGAGGCCCGAGUAGCCAAAGCUAUCCAGGUGCGACGGCACCACCCUCUGGUGCGCCACCCCAGGGAGCACCGCAGAGCCAGAACAACUAUGUAGCGGGUCCUCUACCUGGCAGUACAGCUAGUAGCGCUGCACACGAGCAACCAUAUCUCCAAAGUGACGCAUCGAACUUGUCCAAUGGUGUAUACCCACCAUCCAACGCACCAGUAUCCUAUGACGCUGCCUUCCAAUCGCAAACAAUAACAAACAAGCCACUUACUGCGCCAGUUGGCGCUACUCCCGCUCCAAAUAGCACACUGUCGACUGCGGCUAGUUCAACAGCGACUCCAUGGUCCUCCGCAUCGCAGCUGACAUCAUACAGCCAGCAGAGCUCCGACUUCAGCAACACUAGCACAGCUCCCGCUCCCCGUCCGCCAGUGGUUACGCCCUCAGCCGCAAGUAGCUCGUCGACGGCUCAGUAUCUCGGCUCAAUGUCUGGAAUACCUGGUCAUCCAUCUGCAACAGCAGGACACGAUCCAUGUGGAGCUAGUGGCGCCCCAGGAGGCGCUGCGCCCAACGCUCAGGUGCCAGCAAUCAUAACGGGCACCGCUGAAAGCGCCUCUUCCACCGCUUAUCCUUCACAAACAAAAAAUAUUGGUCCACCGACACCUUCGCUACCGACUGCAUCAGACACAACGACAUAUCCACCACCGGACAAUAUCCCCCAAGGACCAGAAUCACCACCGGGAUCCGCCUCGCUGUACCUCUGUUAAUGUUUGAUGGUCGUGUUCUUGUUGUUUUUGUUUAAUAUUCUGCCUGCAGCGUCAACCUCCACCACAACGUCGCGGCAGAGAGUUGUAAGCAGGCACCAGAGUGGUCACGACUCUACUUGCUAUUGUUUUUAUGGAUUACAACAAAGCGUACCUAACCCUACAAUGGAAUGAAGAGAACGUGUUGACGUACUAUUCUCAAAUUUUAACAAGGUCGCCAACGGUGUCGCCCGGAGACUACUACGAAAAAGCGUAUAACCAACAUAUGGGAGCGUCGGGAGGAGCGACGCAGAAAGCCACCGAUGUUGAAGAGACUGCUGAAGAGGCCUAUCGGAGGAAGAUGCGGGAACGGGUACAGGUUGGCUUCACUUGAAACAAGGCAUCUUCUCUAUGACAUCACUGAUAAUUAUCUUCCAGUUCUUAGUUCUACUUUUUAGAUCCGGUUCGUUCAAUACUGACUUUCUCAAAACCCUAAUUGUAGGCGGCAGAGCAGCAGAAAGGUCAGCUUGCCGACGGGAGGCAACAAGCGGCACCCAGUGGUCGUGGUCAGCAGGGUCGGUCGGGCGAUGCGGCAGACGAAAGUUCAGCUCCUGAAGUAAGCAGAAGUAAGAGCGGACGAGCGCCGACAGGCACGGCAAGUGCUAGCUACAGCGGAUCCAGCAGUGCUGGAGACUCGUACGACGAGUCAGGCGAAACCGAUGGCGGCGAGGUCCCCAUGCCGACGAUAAUACCGAACCCUGCUUGUGCAUAUCCUGUAUUCGAAGCGGUGAUGGACUUUGCCCCAGCAGCGCCUCCAGCGGCAGGCGCGCCAGGGGACCCAGGAAUAGAUCCUGGUACAUAUCAAGCCUACGCACAGGCUGGAAUCGCACCACCGGCGAUUGCUACCGUUCCCCCGAGCUUGUCUGGGUCAGGAGUUUCACCAGGAGCGCCCUUACUCGCGGCUGGAGGCACUGCAGCCUACGCGCCACCGCCGCCACCGAUGCCUGGCGCAGCGGGAGGUGACGCAGGGCCACCGCCAUAUCCGAAUGCGCAAGCACCUCCGCAGUCACUAGGCAGGACUGCUUCGCAACAAAGCGCCGCCAGUUAUCAAGGUGUCACAAUACCUCCAGGUUCGGAUCCAUACAGUUCCACUUGUGGGGCCCCGCCGUCUUCCGGAUAUCCAUCCUCUGCAAGUGGAGGCGCGUACAUGCAAAAUGGCGCACCAGAGCAGCAAGCGAUGAUGGUACCCGACGCUCAGCAUCCGAACUACCAGGUGGGUGGAUCUUCCUCAACCAGUCCACCAAAAAGCCCGACGAAACAAGGUAUGCAGGACUGUGAUAAAUAGACUUCUGUUUAUGUUCUCCUAGUAGUACAACUACAAGUACGCCUCAUGGUCAUGCUCAGUCAUCGAAGGUCAAGAUUUUUCAAGAACAACAUCGCAUUUUCGAGCUGUUUUACUCUUUUACGUGGACACAAACCUCAAACAGAAAGAUUCACUCUAAACAGAAUCACCUACAGGCACCGCAGGACUCGGCAUGGGAAAUAACCCGAUGUAUAAGGCGGGUGCGCAAACGCGGCAGAGGCAAGUGAGCUCGUCGAAGAUAGAUCCAGAGCAUAUACCCAGACCAGUAAACAUCGGCGUGGUGACAUCGAGUAGUGGCAAGCAGAUCAAGACAUUUGCUACUGACAAGUACGACUCGAUUUUAAUAGUUGAUGAGAACAUGCACCUAGACGUCUUGCUAGCCGCAGCCUGAAUUUGCAAUCUUCAGUCACGAGAAUCAUACCAUUACCACGUCAUUAACGUCCGACUUGGAUGGAGAGUUUUUUACAACAUGUAUUAAUUUUACUCUUUCUUUGUUUCAUCUUGUUGUGCUUCUGUAAAAAACUGAGGUAUGUAACACCUCCGAACGUGGCGAUGAUGAAUCGUUGCGUGUUCGUCGACAAAGGCUCGUGCUCAGCGCGGUUUAUCCGCAUGACGUGUAACCAGAUACCGAUUUAUCAUCAUACAGCGGACUGCACUCACGUUCCGAUUGCAGCCGUUUGUCAACCAUUCGCAUCUCUAGGGGACCAGGAGGCAUCGAUACCACUGAUAGACACUAGCGGCACCGAGGGGCCUUUCCGCUGUCCGCGAUGCAAGGCCUAUGUAAAUGCAUUUUUCGGUUGGGUAUCGUGCGGUAAAGAAGCGAACUGCAAUUUUUGCGGUCACUACUUCGAGGUGCCGCGACACUACUACUGCUCCUUGGACUAGUACAUUUUUCUCGUCUUUGUUCUUUAUCAAUCUUUCGUGUUCUGCGGUGGCGGCCCUUGCUUUUACGACUUACUUCAGCAGAUUUAAUAAAUUCAACUAAGUACUCUGGUGGACAGCGACAAGAGUUAAUAGAGAGUAGCACCGUCUUUCUUUUUCUCUCGCCCCACUUGCAUAAAUCACCUUGUUUAAAAUUACAGUACCUCUACCACUACCUUCACUACAGCGCCGGACACAGAAGGGACCGGAAUGACAGACCCGAGUUGUGUACGGGGACUGUAGACUACCUGGCGCCACCAGAGUACUAUGCGCAGUUGACAAAGCCGCAAGUUCCUUACUACCUUUUCGUCAUUGAAGUCACACGUCAAGCCAUGGACACAGGGUACGUGCACCAAGUGAUGAACACAAUACGCUCUAUGCUCAACCACUUUCCGGGAAACAAAACGAAAGUCGGGAUAAUGACGUACCACUGCAUCUUAGUUUGUUGAGUUUUUUUUGUCUUCUUUGCAUAGAAGAACAAGUGUAAAGUCUUCUAGGUCUUCUUCAUGCAGCUACUAACUCAGAAAGCAAGAAGACGAAACACUAGUUCUGGAAGUACUACUACGACCAGUAGUUUACUUCGGAUUAACAUUAACUCCUUCAGGUUCGACUCAACCAUACAUUGUUACCAUUUCGGUGGGACGUCGGGUGAGCCAGCAGUGGUGGUUCAGGCUGAUGUAGGGGAUCCCGACUUCGCACCCGAAUCGCCAGAUGCGCUCUUUGUUGAUCCAAGAGUAUUGAUUUUUUUUUCGACGACAACUGUUUCUUCAGUGUCUUGUUUUGUUUGGACAUCCUUUUUUACGAGUGUUAGUUUUUCAUUUAAGUAUCUAUAGGUUCUUCUUCGUGUUCAUCUUUGCUCGCGGUCGACACAAUAACAACUGGACAACAAAGUUAUUUCUACACUCACCAACUUCUUCAGUCCGACCCUUCUUCAAUCGAGUCUCUGGCCGAGUUGAUACCGAAGUUGUACCGAGAGAGCACGGACUACCAUAGUUGUGCGGGUGCCGCGCUGACCAGCGCGAUAUCGCUUUUCAAAUCUCGAGGUGGAACGGGCCAAGUCAUGAUGUUUAUGCACUCACUGCCAACCCGCGGGAUCGGCCUGAACGUUCCUAGAGACGACGUUAGGCUAUACAGCGAGGACGAACAAUGGAAAGACCGAAUGGGAGAACUGUACGUCACUACUUUUCUGUUUUCUCAGGGAGGUGAUGAUGAUGAUGAUGAUGAUGAAAUCUAGAGCUAAUCGAUAGAAAGACAACGAAGAUAUCCUCAACCUUUUUCUCCUUUUCCUCACAUCCCAGGUUCGUUCCACAAAAUCCGGAUUACUACAAGAGGCUGUCAGAGACGUGCCUUGACAUGGAUGUUUGCGUCGAUGUUUUUUUGCUACCACCAGAAAAUACCUACAUCGAUGUCGCGACGCAGAGCUAUGUACUGACUCGACUUUAUUUUCGAUUUUUUGUUCUCCCUCUUUUUGUGGCUGAUGGUGGUGGUGACAACGGUGAUUAUGAAUUAUGUUGUAUAGUGUUAGUGACAACAAAAAAUUAAGGACAGCUUCAAAACAAAAAUAGGUACCCCGUUGUACCGGUGGCGACACGUUUCACUAUCCCGGGUUCAAUUUGCAUGACCAUGGUGAGCAGCUACAUUUUGAUAUUUCCCGGCAUAUCGUGCGACGACAGGCGUUCGGUUGUGCAUUCAAAAUACGUUCUUCCCGGGGUCUAACGGUCAGCUCGAUGUUCGCUCCACAUGAUAGCAUUUUAAGGCAUGUUUAGUUUUUGUGCCAAGCUAGAGUUCUAUUUCAGCGUGAACCAAGUAGAAGACCAACUACCCUUAAACUAGAAAACGUUAAAAACGUUACACUUUAAAUUCAUUUUCAUUAGUCUUUCGAGAAUCUCUAAGUUAUUCUCGGCACGAGCAAAGCCAGUUUGAGGUGUCUCGCCUUUCCGCUGAUUCGACUGCAGCGUUUGUGUUCAAGCACGAGGACCUCGCAGAAAAUGCAAGGCACGCUUACGUCCAGAUCGCGUGCCUUUACACCACGACUGCAGGCCUCAAGUGCAUUCGUGUGCACACUCUGUCUCUAGCGACAACGAACGCCCUCUCCACUACCUUCCGGUACUGUUGCGUAGAUACGCUUGCAAACGUUUUGCUGAAGGAGACACUGCGAAAAGAGCUCGCAGCGCCAAAUUCGCCACAGCCGAAACAGCAGCUAGUACAUUCUGCUAGUAGUAGUUUUGUUUUCGUUGUUCAUCUUCAUCUUUUUGUUUGAACCUACUUGUUCAACAUUGACAAAAGCAACAACUACUAAGUAAUCAAGGUGGCUCAUACAUCUUUAUAUCCUUCAAUGAAUCCGAUUCCGAAUGUAUGCCUCUAGCACACAUGAUUUUCAACAGACUGACCAGUUGGUACACAUUUUGCACGCUUAUCGUGUGAACUGUGCGUCGACGAGCAGUUUUGGACAGCUGAUAUUACCGGAGAGUUUGAAACUCCUGCCGCUGUACAUAUGCAGUCUGUUCAAGCAGAUGGCCUUCCGACGGAAGAGUCUCACAUGUCGCGUCGAUCAGCGGUUUGCAGAGGUCGUUCAGCUACUCGGCGCAACCAUCACGCGGACGUCUUCCUUGCUCUAUCCCCGUCUGUACUACUUAAGUACCUUUUGGAUGAGUUUGUUAUUGUUUGUAUUCGAUCUUUACGACCUGUACUAGCAUUUUGACUUUCAUAAACAACUCUUUCCCUUAGACCUACUCUCAAGUACCAUGCUCUACUACAUAUGAAUGUGAUGCAUUCAUGAUGCUUGGUGUAUCUUCAUUUUAUCACUUUCUCGUCUCUAUGGUACUUUUUGAUUAAUAUUUCCACCAGUGUCGCCCUCCACCGGUUCCAAGAGAAGCACGGUUUGGCGGCGGAUGAUGAGAACGUGUAUAUGCCUUCGAACAUUCAGUGCUCCAUGGACCGGGUUUCUCUGCAAGGUUUGUAUUUGUACGAAAACGGGGAGCGCAUUGUCAUCUACGUCGGACCGAACGCUUCUGCGGAAUUACUGGAUGAUGCCUUUGGGGCGUCGCAAAUAAGCGAGAUAUCGGGUCUGAACCUUCAGAAACCUCUCGGCGCCAGGAUCUACUCUGUCCUGCAGCAAAUCCGCAAGGACAAGGGAAGUUACCGAUGGAUGCGUAUCCAGUAUACGAACGAAGAUACGCGCAUGCUGCUAGUGGAGGAUCCGCUGCGUCAGGAGCUUUCCUACGUCGACUACCUAUGCAUGGUCCAUCGCAGGGUGCAGCAGAAACUCGAGCAAUAUUGAUUAUGAUUUUUACCUUUGCGCCUUUUGUUUUUGUGGACUCUCUCCACUUCAAUAUGGUGAAAUCAGAAUUAGAACUUCAUGUCAAAACGAAUUUUUAUAUUUUUGAUAGCAUUAGCAACCAAUUAUGAAGCAAAUAAGUACAAAGACGAACGUCAGAUAUUCUCAUCCAGUCAAGUAUUUGACCACAGCGAACUUUUUGGAACAAUUUUUUUUUUGUGUUAUACUCCUCCUUGAGAGGACUUGCUGGCGUUUCUUACUCAUUUCAUGUUUUCGAAAUGUAUCAUGUAAGACUGCGAUGUCAAAAUUAGCUAAAAUACGUAGCUCGUAAUAAGUUUUAGAUUUGAUUUUUCUAUCUCGUGGGUAGAUAGCAUGUAACGUGCAUAGACAUAUUAACUUCGACCGACCACCGAGCGAUAAAUUUCACUUCAAUCAAUCAUAUCAACAUCAUACAUAGGUUUGGCGGACGUGUGCAGUUGCAGGUAGGCAUUUAAAAAACAGGUACAACUACUGUUCCUUGCUCAUAUAGAUGGGUUUAAGUCGAAUCGUCUCAUUCUUCACCAAACCUUCUCGGGGUUGUUUCCUUUUUACAGCAUUCACAUCCAUGCAGCCGGGUGUCCAUCAAAGUCACGGAAACCGGGCCAAGACAUGAUCGUGGAAACCAGUUAUAUAUAAGCACAAGAUAGAUUUUUGAUGAAAAAACGAACUACGACAGAUUUGAAAUAGAAACUCUACCUGGAACCUCGUUAAAAAGCAAUAAACUACUAGUCUUAUUAUUUACGCAAUCGCAAAGUCAAAGUCUUUUUAAGCCAAUCAAAUUUUUUGAGGUUCCAGCGCAGGCCGGGACGAGCUCAGAUUCAUGUCGAUAUUUGAAUAAUUGUGACUCCCGUUAAAAUGGGAUGCAAGCGCUAUCCAUCACUCUAAAAACCGUCUGUAUCUACUUUCUAUAAUGUGUGAAUACCUACUUAGACACAUGCAGUAGUUGUUUCAAAUCUCCACCAAAGAGAUGAAGGUUUUCAUCAUUUUGUAGUACAAGGAAAUGAAAAUUUGAUGUCUUCGAACACCGAUCAGGGUCUGCCACCUCUGCAGCUAAGGGAAUUGCUGAUACCAAAAAUACCAUGAUUGAGCAUUGCUCUGUUUCAUGUAAGUAUAAGUAUAUGAAAUUACCAGCCUCAAGCUCAACUUAUCGAAGAUUUUUGUUAGCCCCUUGACCAGCAGCACGUCGACCAGCACGAGAAUCUAACAAACAAUCAUCAUGUAGUUCGUUGUGAAGUUGAAGGUCGUAUGAUUCUCAAAUAAUAGAAAGAUGCAACAACAUUCGCGCGAACGAAAAUUGAUGGGGAUCACUGUUGUUUUUAGUUCUUGAGGAAUUAUGCCGCCAUCUCUCAUGAAGUAUAUGUGACAUUGAAGACGGUGUGGUAUGAACGUCGUGGAGUCUUCCUGCACCAGGGCUAUAGACCUGAAAAAUUGAGAAUGAGAAUGAGAACAAGCCCUUAGUUGUAUAAUUGUAAACAGUCGGUGCAAUCAAG